AUGGGGAAGAAAGUCAUUGCUAAAAGAGCACCGCGUGAGAAAAUCCAUAAACUUCCAGGAUAUCCAAGACCAUCAACUCGUUCUCAAGACACCACUUUUACUCCUUCACCUUCUCCUCCUACCUCUCCUCCUCGCACAGUUCCCAUGGCGCGAACCAAGACCACUCCAAGGUACCCUGCUCCUGCCAAACCGACGCCACCACCUAAGGCAACGCCAUCCAAACCAAGUUCCUCAAAACCCAGUUCUUCCAAGGGUAAGCAUCCUGCUGUUGAAGAGCCUGUUCCUGAGCCUACAAAACCUAAGUCAAGGUCUGUUCCUGUGCGUUCACAAAGAGGUAACCCUCAUUGCCCUCUCAAAUCUGUUAGAGAACCAGACAUUGAUCCUUUUGCUCACAAAUCACACUUCAUGACAUCUCACUCAGAUUAUAACCCCCAUCGUUUCAAAUCUGCCAUGAACCAUGACUUUUAUGAGGGAGUUAUUCAGUAUCGAAGUGUGCAUUCUUAUGUUAAGGGCAGAGACAUUAUCUUGAAUAAUGAAACUAUCAGUGAAUCCUUGAAGUACACUGAUGUUGGGCCGUGUGCUUAUACAUCUGUAAAGUGGGAUGAAGGUGUUGGUAUCUCUUACCAUGAUGCAUUGGCUCACAUUUGUGAACAUGUUUCCUUGAUUGAUGGCAUCACACCCACUCACAAAGCCCUCGGAUAUGAACGUGCUUAG